UAAAGAUAUUAUAUUCAUCAACUUAACUGAUGAAGAUUUAGUAUUUUCUGAAUAAGAUUUUAUUAUAUACAGUGGACAUGUAUUGCAAUGUAUAUCGCUGUGCGUUAUAUUGCUACACACCAUAUAUCGUUAUAUGACAUAUGUAUACUGCCACGCGUUAUAUCAUUACGCGUAUCACCAUGUAUUAUAUUGCUACCAGGUAUACCGCCGCGCAUCAUAUAUCGCCAUGUGCCAUAUAUUGGUAUGCGUACUAUCACGUCAUGUAUUAUAUCGUCAUGCGUUAUAUUAUGUGUCAUAUAUCGUCACAUGUAUCACAUAUCGCUAUAAGUUAUAUAUUAUAAUACCACUUGUUUACUCAUUUAAUUUGUGAUAGAUGUGUUUACUAAAUUAUUAUCAUCGAUUUCGGAGCAAUUGCGCGUAAAGUUGAUAGAGAGUAAUUUUCACGUCACAUCGUGGAAUAACACUUGACAGGGGGUUGAUUAGUAAAACAGAAAGUUAGAGCCGCUGUUGCGUGUUGGUAUCACGUUCCAUCCACGACGACGACGUGGUUCAGUAAGCGUCGUGACGCUCGAGGUGCACGUUGCAGUUCGCUCGUCCGCUUGUACUCGCGACGCUUUUGCACUUCGCGAAAACGUGUCUCCACAAACUCGUGAAUAAUACAUGUGUGAUUAACAUUGCGUGUUUUCAUUAAAUCCUCGUGGUCCUUGAAGAGAUCGCGGUACUUUUUUUUUAUCCUCCCUUUAACGUAGAAUAAUGGGGCUAAAUGGGUGCUGAUGGACAUUUUCGAGUGACCUUGUCCUUGAAGAAGGAACCGGCUGCCGGUCCAGUUUACUGCAAAAUGGAAACCUCGGCACGAUUUCGGCAACUGAAGACUGUUAAGCUCAGCUGCGAGGCUACCUAUCGGCUGGACAUCAGUUUCAAACCGCCCCAACUGCUGGAAUCCCUCAGCAUAGGAGGCAAACAAGUAGAGGCAGAAGAGCGAGCGAGGGAUGGAACUGCCUGUGCUUACAGCGCUUAUCACAGCACGAAGGGUAUACCCGCAAGUGCUCGCGGACACCGAGAAGAAUUACCUAUCACUAUGCGUGUACUCGGUUCCGGUUUCUUGACUACUUGUCUGCAAAUCAAAUAUUACCGCCAGGAUGAUCAAAGCCAUUGCGAAUGGGGCGCCAGACUGCAUUGCAUCGAAUUAGACUGUUCGAGUGUAGAAGGUAGAUUAGUUACCGUAGACCGGGAAACAUACAGGAAGUUAGGUAUAGAAUCUUAGCAAUCGGUAGGUGUUAACGUCAUGAAAGCCAUCACGUAAUGAAAUUUGCUAAUAUUCUUGUGCUUACUCGAGUAUGGUAAAUAUGUUACAUCAAUUGUGAUUGGCUGACAGAAGGAACCAAACAUUGUUAUCGAUUGAAAUCGAAAUCGCUUGUCGACCAAUAGGAAGAGAGCAUUGCUCAUAGCGGGCUUCUGGCUGAAAUUCAAACGGUACAUUCACAUAACUGUACCGUAUUUUUCGACGGUACUUUAAAGACGUCAAAGUUCUUUGCACGUGAAAUAAAAUGAUCGUUUUCGACUACUUUUGCUAGAUCGAUUAUUCUUUUUAUAAUAUUAGUCAUGUAACAAAAUAUCAGAUAACAAUUGAACCGUACGAAAAUAUUCUAGCGAUAUCUUUUGAUCCCUUAACGACUAGACAUGUAAUUAUCAAACGGUGGACCCGUUUUAUGAACGCAGUUAAAACACGAUUUCAUCCUCCUAUUUUUCUAUAUUGUGAAAUAUGUAUAUAUAUACAUAUAUCGACAGUGUAUUGUUGUAAAUUGUUAUAGAAUAUAGAUUUGCCGCAAUGACUACGCUAUACAUGAAAAUGAUAUUUUAGGACAACGUAUGAUACUGCUAAACUUUGUUUCUCAACAAAGUUAUAUGCGUUAAGGAAUCAACUAUGAAAAUAUUUACUCAGUACGUAAUAGAUAUAAAUAUAUCGAUAUCAUAAUAAUAUAAAAUUGAAAUAUUACACGAUAGCUUACCACCUGUUGUGUUUAAAUGAAUUUAAAGAUGACAGAUGUAAAGUUUCAUAAAACAGCAUCUAUUAUUUGUUGCAGGGAAAACUAUGUUCAAUAAAUCACGUAUUUUUGUUCAUUCUGCGCAUGUCAGCUCUGAUUGGUUGAAGCCGAAUGGUGCGAAAUUCAAAUUAGCCGAGUUGUGCGAAUUGAAUAUAGUUGACUGGGAAACGAAUAAUAAUUAUUAUCUAGAAUAUCACAGAUCUCACAUUUUAGGAAGAAAACAUUUCGUAUAUUGACCAAUAACGCAUUUUGCUUAUUAAUGACAAAACCAUACAAACUAAAUAAUAAGUAAUGGAAGAAACACUUGAAUAUUAAUUUGAAAGUAUAAUGUUGUACAAAAAAAAGAAAAUAAUUACUGCAUACUAACGUUACUGUAAUCUUUUUUGUAAAAAAGCUCGGUUCCAGAUUUGUAAGAAUAGCAAGCUUUUCUUUUUCUACCUAUGAUUUGUCAUAACGAUUUUGCGCACUUUAAUGUGCUUGGACACGAAACUUACAUAAAAUGGUAAAAUGGCGUGCUAUACGUAACACGCUAAAUUAUUAAAACUAUUGAUGCAGUGAUUACUGCCACAUUUUAUCAUUUAUUUAUUUGACAAAAACAAUCCAACAUAUUUAUGUUAAUAUCUAGCUAUCCUUA